UGCAUGCCGCAGAGCUUGUUAGGCUUUACCAUUUCAUAUUCUAAUCUAUAUUAAAAAAAAUGCACCAUUAUCUUUUUUAAGUCAAGAUAAUUCUAAACAACAACUGGGGAAAACAAUUUCGGCCAAAUAAAGGCCAACUAUAAAUAGUCCAGCAGCCUACGCAUGCUCAUGUUUGAUUGGAAAUCGCAGUGCCUUAAGUCAGUGCUGUGGGGUGUCUGUCAAAGGAGGGAGUGAAACUACUGAAUGCUUUCAUUAAUCUCUGGAAAACCAAAUACAUAAGUGACAACACUUUUUUUUUUUUCUUGUGAAGAACUUUUCCUCCCGCUGAGUGUUCCUGUAUCUGGUGGGAAAUGGGUUCACGCAGGACGAUGACACGCGCCUCUUCUAGCAAUGGAAGGUCCUUCAAUGGGGAGGACAUCAGUGGAGGUAGCCGGCCUAAUGGCUGCAGCUAUCUCUCCAACGUGAGGCCAGAGAACAGGAGCACACUCUGCAGCGUGAUAGCGCAGUUAACCGAAGAAACACAGCCAACCUUUGAAACAACCCUCAAGUCAAAAGCUGUGUCUGAGAACUGCAAUGUGAAGUUCUCUUGUGUGGUUACAGGACACCCUACUCCUCAAGUUAUUUGGUAUAAGGAUGAUAUGCAGUUAGACAGAUACUGUGGACUGCCUAAAUAUGAAGUAUUCCGCAAUGGACAAAACCAUUCCCUGCACAUUUACAAUUGCACUGUGGAGGAUGCAGCUAUGUACCAGGCCUCAGCCAGCAACAAUAAGGGUAUUGUGUCCUGCUCUGGGGUUUUGGAGGUGGGUGAAAUGAACGAGUUCAAGAUCCACCAGCGCUACUUUGCCAUGCUCAAACAAAAGGCUGAGAUCAGACGCAUGGAGGUGGAAGGCAAAGAAAACCAGGAGCCGUUACGAACCAUCAGUCCCGACCGCACGCAGAGGAAGCGCCGCUCCACAAUGGACGCCUUUCUCAGCACACCAAGCUCCACGGAGGAUGAGGGCAAUGGGGAGAGCUAUCAGGCUGUGGCUGUAGAGACAGAGGCCAGGUUACAGGAGGCAACUGCGGAAAAGGUGGAGGAAAAGCCAGUCCCCAUCACUAAUGGAGCAGUGUCUGCUGUAACUAAUGGACAGACCAUCAGUGAAAAUGAUAAGAGCGGGACAUACAUCUAUGACCCUGCCCUAAAGACUUUUGUUGCACACCAACCCAAAACUCCCUUUGUCAAAAAGAAGAUUAAAAUUUCAAACAGUGCACCAGGAGAGCGGGCAGCUGAGGAGAGGAGGGCAAAAGAUGAGACCUUAACCUCUGUAGCUCCAGCCUGCACAAAGCCAGUAAAGUCUAAGGGGAAUUCAGAGGAGCUUAUGGAAGUUGAUGUUAGUUCAUCAGUUGUGGACUCCAGAAACUUGACAGAACAAUGUCAGAAAUUGGAAGCAGAUAAAGUAUUGCUUGCUGAGAGGCCUUCAAAGGAUGAAAACAAACGUGUUGAGGUAACUGUGCCUUCUCAGAGAGAUCAGAUCUCUGCCUCAGUACCCCCUGCUGCUCCUACAUCUACACCUCAUACUGUGUCAGGAACUGAGGGUAAAAAAGCUGCAAAGCAUGAGAAGGAAUCUGGACGCAAAAAUACAGAGCAAAAGUUUGAAAUGCAGAAACAAAGUCCUCACAUGACCUUAACACAGCGACAGUCAAGAGCUGCAGCAGCACCCCAACAACCCCUAAGCAGAGUAAAGGAGGACAUUUGUAAAGCAGAAGAUGUUACGGUCAUGAAUGUUGACCAGAAGUCAGUUACUUCCACUGAUGGAUCUUUGGCACACAGAGAUGCUGAGUCGGAGAACACGGCAACUAAAAGCAGGACUGCUUUACCUGAGGGUCCAUGUGAACGGGCUGGAGAUCUGCUGUCUGGGAAGGACAUAAGCUCCUGCCAAAAAAAUGUGUCUGUGUCUCGGCCAGUGCUGCUGAGUGAGGUUACACAGGCCCAUACAGAGAUGAACAGGAAUGAUGCACCUGUCAGCCUUGAGCUUCCACCCAACCAGACGGACAUGCAACCACCACAAAAGACUCAGACAGAGAGAGAGACCACAACAGAUGACAUCCAGACCCCUUCUUUGCGCCAUGGUCCUCGAGCAGAAAUUGACAAAAUGACACGGGACACACGGGAUCAUUCCAGGGGAUCAAGUGAAAGCCAUACGGCCCUUUUUACAGAUCUACAGAAGUCACCCCUCCAAAGCCCUGGUGGUGGUGAGAACUCACGAGGGUGUAACGUUUCCCCCAGCACCCAGCAAAGCCAAGUUGAUAUAGCUAUAAAAACUGUUGAAGGGACAAAAAUACAAGUUGAUGAGAACGUAGAGGGUAACGAGGUAGGUAAGGUAUUAGUGCAGUCUGAGAGGGUGGCCCAAAAUGAGAAGAUAGUUGAGAUGGAGACUGAAAGUGCUGCUACACAUAUGACUGAGCACACUGAAACAGAAACGACCAAAGGUGCAGCAGAUAAAGACACUGAUGUUAUCACUGUGGAUGUGUCUACCAAAGACACUGAGAAGAAUGAUCAUAUAAUAAAAAUGCCAGAGGAUGCUAGUUCAGCAUUACAGAAUCUAAAGCCACCUAUAUUUGAGCCUACGAUCCCACUGGCAAAAACUCCAGAAAUUACAAACGUACCCGAACUCCAAAUGAAAGACUUCCAGGAAAUUCCAAAACCUGUAACAAAAAUCAUAUCUGUAGCUGAACUUUUGAGAUCACAAAUAAGGGCUCUUGACUCCACACUAGCUAAUUUAGCAACCACCAUACCUGUCCAUGCUGACUUAAAACAAGAUUCAACCAAAACUAUGACAGAAACAUGUGAGGAGUCAAAAGAGGAAGUGAACAAGUCAGCGCCUGACAAGAAAACUGGGAUGCGCAUUGAUGAUACUCCUCUCAGAAACAUAAAGGAAACACUCAUGGAGGUUUAUCACCAACUCUAUGAAACUGGUCAGGAACAAAUACAAUCUGAAGGUGCAACUUCAACACCUGUUCAAGCUUCACAAAAAACCCUUGUAAUCCCACCUAUCUCUGUCGUAGACACUGGCACCACUAGAGAGACUGCAGGACUUCAUGGCAGUGACAAAAAAUGUAAUGAAGGUGUUAUGGACAUUUGCCAGGAAAAUGGAGCAUCAACUCUGGUUCUCCUGGAAGAUCACCCUGUUGUUCCAUCUUCUGGGCAUGAAAAAGUCAAAGACAAUUUUCUUUCUUCGACUUCUAAGGAUGAACCGACCAAAACACUAACAUUUGGAACUGUCAGUCAAGAACCUGUGACCCCACUUGCAGUGACUCCUAUAAAGGCCAGCAGUCAAGAGUUGAAUAUUACAGCUUUGGAGCAUGCCAAGGUUGAACCUGUUCAAGGCCAUGAGAUAGGAGUUAUACAAAAGUUAAUCCCAGAAACUAAACUCAACAGCAAAACUGAAUGGGCUAUCACUGAAAUUAAUUCCACAACACUGGAUCAAUACAAAAUGGAAGAACACGACUCAAAAAACAGUUCUAUACAGAGUGAAAAAAGGUUUCCUGCUAACAAUGUACCUAGCACAGAUACACAAGAGAAUAAGCUUCGUAUUAUUCAGCAGGACAGCUCAAUGGUUGAGGAAUUUCCAAGGACUGAGUCCUUAGGCAAUCCAACUCCUGAGGCAAGUCCAUUGUUAAAGAAAAGAAGUGUUUCUCCCAUUCCUUCUGCUACUCCACAAGAGCUGGCCUCUGGGGCCAGACGUAAAAUCCUAGUACCCAAGGCCAAACCUGAGGAGACUUCAGAGGCCACAUCACCAACUGAUAACCAAACUGAGAAAAGGGAAGUUCCAGCAGAGAGCAGCAAGCUUUCCACAAGUCCUGUGACCCUCUCUACGUCACCAAGCCUGUCAAGACGAUCACCUCUACUUCAGCCCCCUGGUGAGAAAACACCUCCUGCAGAAAGGCGUUCACCACUCUUGAGCAGGAGGAAGACAUCAUCUGAGCCUCAAACACCAAGUCAGCCAACCACUGAGGAGAUCCACACCCCCAAAAUUGAGGGGAAACCAGCAGAGAAGGACAAGCAUGACCCAUUCAAAGCUCCUCAAGUCAUUCGUAAGAUCAGGGGUGAAACCUACGCAGACGCCUCCGGACACCUGAAAGUGUGGUGUCAGUUCUUCAAUGUUCUCAGUGACUCUACAAUCAAAUGGUUCAGAAAUGAAGAGAAGAUUGCUCAGAUUACAAGAAAUGCAGGGGAUGAAACUCAGGUUAAUCUUGCCGUUGUUCAGGCAUCAUGCAAAGACUCCGGUGUUUACAAAUGCACAAUCACAAAUGACUAUGGGACUGACUCAACAGACUGUCUUCUCAGUGCAGAGAUCUUGGCUGGAAUGUCCCUACGUGAGGACCUUGGGGUUGGAGAGGAAAUCGAAAUGACACCCCUGAUAUUCAGCAAGGGUGUGGCUGAUUCUGGCGUGUGGGGUAACAAAUUCUUUGGCCGUAUAAUGAUGCAGGAAUCUCAUAUUGGUGAAGGCUGUUCUCAUAAAGUCUGGAGGGCGAAAGUCAUCUACGGUCUGGAGCCUGUGUUUGAGUCUGGAAACACAUGUAUCAUUAAAGUACGCAACCCCAUCGCCUAUGGAGGCAAAGCAGAGAGCUGCCUCAUAGACAGAAACCUGGACAUUGUCAAGCAGGAGUGUAAAAUUCAGAACUUGGCUCGUGAAUACUGCAAAAUCUUCUCCGCAGAGGCAAGAGUGAUUGAAAACUUUGGCCCCACUCUUGAGGUGAUUCCAGUCUACCUGAUGUACCGACCAGCAAACACAGUCCCUUAUGCUACAGUGGAAACGGAUCUGACAGGAGUCUAUCAGAAAUACUGUGUCCUGGAUGAUACAGGCAGAACAGACGUAAGGUCUGGCUGUGAUGUUGGGCAGAAGUGCUGUACCCUGCAGCACUGGAUCUAUCAGUGGACCAAUGGCAAUCUGCUUCUCACUCGGCUAGAAGGUGUUGACACCAAGAUCACCAAUGUUGGGAUUUCAGUCAAAUCAACAGGGCAUCAAGGUCUAUCCAUGGAAGGAAACCCCAAAGUUUUUGAGCAGUUUGUCUCCCAGCACCAGUGUAACUACUUCUGUGGUCUGCUCAGCCUGAGGUCACUAAAGGUCAUGGACUCCUUAUUGACGCCAACGAAACCCAAGGGCUCCAGGAGCCCGUUACUUCAACGCAAACUGGUUGCUGGCUCUUCCAGCCCUCAGACCGGCCGGAAAGCUUCUGUCAGCCCCAGACUGCCCAGAAAGGCAGAGCAAGAGGGAAGACAGACCCCGACUAAACAAAAAGCUGCUGACGCUCCCAAAGUUGUUAAGAUGGAAUAGAGUAUUUAUCCCUCAUUAGGACAUGAAAGAUCAUAGAUUUUCUCAAUGGGACAGUAUUCUGAUCAAAUGCCACUGAUUUUCUACAUGAUGGAGUCCUAAACCAGAAAUGAUGAACUGUUAUGUAGCAAAACAGCCCAGGAGGAAGUGAAAGACAGAAAAUAGGCUGAUGACACUGCUGUUUUUAAGAGAAGAAUAAAACCCUUAGAGAGAGAGAGAGAUUCAUAAAUAAUAUGACUUAACAAUUUGACGUUAACAGCCACCAUUCCUUGCCAUUAUCACUGAUUGUGGAUUGAUGCUCUCACGUGUUGUGGUGAUUAUUGUGUUCCUUGUUCUUCAGGUUGAAACUACAGUGUAGUGACUAGUAGCUUUCCUGGGUUUGUUUUCUUUCAAUCAAUGUACCAUUACAGGUCACAGAUUGUGAAUCCCAAUCUCAGGUCAGUGUGUUUUUGUAUUGAAUGAAUGUGUGAGAUAACACAUCUUUAACUGAAGUGGCAUUACAUGUAGUCUAUGAGUAAUUUCCAAUGUAAAAGCAAAAAGCACAAACAUGUAUGUGUUGUAGUCACUCUUGUGAGGAUGUAGGGCAGUUAUGCCAAGUGAAGUAAAACCAUAACAGAUACAUAGUACAGCAUAUUUUUAAGGCUGGGAGUAAAAGACCCAUGUUUUUUUAGAGAUUGUAUCAAGCCAAAUGUAGCUUCACAUGACACUGUUGUACAGUGGCCAAUGGUGCUGUGCUUUUUUAUUGUAUCCUGUCAUGUUUACUUGCUGUUCUACAUUGCACUGCGUUUUCAGAAUCUGCACCUUUGAAUGCA